AUGUUAUUACCUGAGAGAGAUUCCUAUGAUCAUGAUUAUACUGUUAAAUACUAUCCAAAGGUUAGUAAUGUUCAAUUCUAUCAUGAUAUGAUGAAGAAUGUAUUCUAUUAUUUAAAUCUAUUUAAAGAGAGGAUUAUUGAAUUAUUAUGUUUUUAAGGGAGAAUUCUUAAAAAAUCAUGUUUAAUUAUAAGAAUAUCGAGAUUAUGGUUUAAUAGGUUCAGUUGCUGUCUCUUUAUUUGCAAUAUAUUUUUAUAAGCAUCUUCCAUUGAUUUCAAGAAUUUAAGGUAGAUGGUCAUCAUUUUUAAUGAAAUUAAUGAUUUUUGGUAUACCUUAUGCUUCAGUUUAUAUAUUGACAGAUGAAUUUAAAGAGAAAUAUAUGUGGGAUUAAUAUAUUAAGAAUUUCAAGCGAUACAUAUAUUAUAAAUAGACAGGAGACAUGAGAUGUUUUAAUGUGUAAAUUGAAUCUAAAGCUUGA